GAAUUUAUAACACCGGGCAGUCCCUUUUUUUCUUUCCCAUUUUUCCUCUUCUUCCUCCCCGUUUAAAACUUCAUUCGCUUUCACUCCGCCAGCAACACUGCCGUUUGUUCAGCCCCAAAUUUUAAAUGGCUGCUGCCAAUGGCUCAAGUGAAUUGUAUUCAGAGAUGGAGGUGGAUGCAUUUAGACGUCUUUUCCCUCUGCGCUAUCAUGAGCAGCAUCUUCUUAAAUCUGUCCGAACUGAUGCCCGAAAGCUUGGAAGUGCUAGAGAUACAACACUUGCACUUGGUGCCGUUGCCUCUGCUGAUGGAUCAGCAUUGGCAAAGAUUGGCUCCACUACGAUGUUGGCUGCCAUCAAAAUGGAAGUCAUGACACCAACUGUGGAAUGUCCAGAUGAGGGAUCCAUAGCGAUCGAAUUUCACAUGCCUCCCAUCUGUUCCCCCCUGGUUCGGCCUGGUAGGCCUGCAGAGGCAGCAUCAGUAAUUUCAAAGCAGCUGUCAGACACUAUCUUGAGUUCUGGCAUGAUUGACUUGAAAGAGUUGUGCUUGGUUGGAGGAAAAGCAGCAUGGAUGGCCUACCUGGACAUAUACUGUUUGGAUGCUGACGGUUCCCUGUUUGACGCUGCAUUACUAUCUGCAGUAGCUGCCUUUUCACAUUUGAACAUUCCAGUAGUGUCUUUGAAUGAAGAUGGGCGAAUAGUUCUUGUUUCUGAGGACAAUGUCCAAUUGAAAUUGGAAAAGCAGCCUGUCAAUACUGAGAAAAGAAAACUGAAAUUGAAGUCUCCACCAUUCUCCCUAACAUGCUUACUUCACAAGAACUACAUCCUAGCAGAUCCUACAGCAGAGGAAGAAUCCAUAAUGGAAACGGUUGUAACUGUGGUAUUGGAUUCGUCUUACCAGCUUGUUUCACUUUAUAAACCAGGGGGACCAGUUCUUGCCCAUACAUCAGUCAUCCAGGAUUGCGUCGCACUGGCAAGACGCAGAAUGAAAGAGCUACAUAGUGUUUUGAAUGAAGCUAUUUCUGAUAUGGAGGUAGACUGAAGGAGAUUUUCCUUGCACGAUAUGCAGCAUUCAACAGACAGCUGGUUGUCUUUAGGAUUGGGUACCUGAAGUAGUGAACUUUUUGAAAAAUUUCAUUAGAAAGGUAGCUGUGGUAGCCACGGCUUGCAAAUUCAAUUUUGGUCGGCCAUUUCUCAGUGGGAAAUGCAUGUUAUUUGUUACUAGUAAACUUCUUUUUUUUUUUUCAGGUAAUUAAUUCAACAUAUUAUUUGUUAGUUUUCUCGGUUGUUUCAUUUCUACCAUUGGCCUCGAGCGCCAUCAACUAUUGUGUAGUUGUUUCCUGCCGAGUACUAGUGGUGGCAAAUAAGUGGAGUGGAUCGGAUUUGAGCGGACUGAAAAUGGAUUGGAUUGUACUCCAUCUAUAUGAAUAUGAGUAAAAUGUGAAUUGUGUAAAACGAUUUGAUCAGUCAGAUUUUUAUCGUCAU